AUGGAACAGGGGUCUCCUUUUGACGUAUCUCUUAUAAAUUCACCUCGUUCUUUAGACAGUGAAUCCGGAAACAUGACAUCUUCCUCUGUUGAGGCAUCACCCAACAUAGCUCAAGAUCCUCCGAUGAUGCUUAUCAAGCCCCCCUUCCCACCGACAAUUAAUAUCGACGAUUUAGUUACCUCAAAACCGAACGGUGAUAAGCCAAGCAAAUCUUCCAAUGCAUUUAUUAUCUAUCGUAAAGCUUACGUGAAAGAGCUUCACUCGAGAGGAAUUAACCUUCAAAUGACCCAAAUAUCACCAAUGGUAUCCGAGUCAUGGAAGCAAGAACCCGAAAACGUUAAGGCGGAAUACAAACGUCUCGCCGAAGCCGCGAAAAAACGUUACAAGGAGAUGUGGCCCUCAAAGCAAAGACGUCGACAACACAGAAAGCAACAACAACAACCGCAACCACUCCCACAAUCGCUAUUCAUCGACCAUUCGAAGCCAACGAACGAGCUUGGUUUAAGUAAUCUAACUCCAACGCCAGUUAUGGACAUGAGUCAUUGGGAUUUCUCACAAACCAUCUGGCCCCUUGGUGACAAUCACCAAGCAAUUUCGCCAUUGCAAACCCUUUCGCUUGAUCCAAUGUUAUUAAACACAACCGAUGGACUUUAUAAUAAUAAUAAUACGCAAGAAGGGCUUAACCCUUCAUCAACUUUGAAGAGUCCAAGUGAUUUUAUCAGUUCGAGUAGCACAGACAAUUCUCCGUUGAUAAAUUAUCUCAUAAACAAUAACGAGCGUCCCACAGGUAGCAUGCCUGUACCGAAUGACCCCAAGGAAAGCUUAUUGGCAUACCAUAAACUCAUGGUUAAUUGGCAUAAAGAUCUGAGACGACAGGAACAACCAUAUAAAACAUUUGCAGAAGCAAUGAGUGUGUCAUUUUUUGCAUUUCAUUUGGUUUAG